AUGGAUGAUGCUACUAGACACGGGUAUGUUUCGGAGAAAGAGUAUGAGUUUCACGAGACAGAGAUCAACGGCAUUAUUCGAGUUGCGACCACGGCCAGUACCCACCAUGAGGAUAUGAUCUCCUUUCACCCGGAAACACACGGGAUCAUUCGUCGAUCAAUUUCAACCGACUUCGAGCGAGCUUCGGACUUUGAAUUAGGCCCUCUGGAUGAGAUACCCAUUGAACUUUCGCACGAGAUCAUGUCUCUUCUAGACAUGAAAUCCAUCUUCAACUUCCGACAAGUAAGUCGCAGUUCAAGACGGCUUGUGGACUCCUUCUACCAGUACCAAAGGGUAGCAUCACACGGACUGGAUCUUUUCUGUGCCCUUUUACGCACCGAUUUUGCCACUGAGGUUUCUCUCUAUGGUUUCCAUGAAAUGUUAUGUGCAAAAACAUGUAACUCUUGUGGCAGGUUUGGCGCAUAUGUGCUCAUUGUACCAUGGAAGCGAUACUGUUAUGAGUGCAUCCGCAGUGCCGAGUCCCCAGUGACACGCUUUUUGCCGGUGCAAUGGGUCCAAACGAGGUUCAUGAUGACCGAACCAGAACUUGCCAGGCUCAAGACAUUCAAAACCCUGCCAGGAAUAUACACCUUAGCUGACAUCCAGUACGAAAGACGCAUUGAAAUUACGACUCUAGAUGAGGUCGCUGUGGCUUGUGGGAGAGAAGUAUCAACUCAAAAAAUGCCCUGUGAGGAAUAUUUGUGUUACACAUACCCUUUCAUGUCAUCAUGCCGCCUGCCUUACUACAACGACCAGACUGGCCAAGCUGAAGGUACUUUAAUGUGCAUGGGUUGUUAUGAAGACUGGAACAGUUUGAUGUUCUUCGCCUAUCCCUGGAAUUAUUUGUCUGGCAAAAGAGGCCUUGAAUAUGGACGAGACGAGUUUCUUGAGCACUUUAAGUUGUGCAAAGCGGCCCAAAGCUUGUGGGAAGAUACUGUUAAGAAAGUUAACUGCUAA